GGCGCGAGGCCGCUCGUACUGGCUGCGCCCGCGCGGGGCAGGGGCUGAGGCGGUGGCCGGGCCGGGGCCCAGCACCAUGCUGCUGUCGCCGGCCCCCCGGCUCCGCUUGGCCUGACGAGGAACGGAGCGAGCCAUGCAGCCGGCGCUCCGGUAGGUGAGCGCGGCUCGGCUUGGGCUGGAGUUCCGCGGCCAGUCCCUCAGCAGCGCGGCGGCACCGGCACCAUGAGGAACGGCGAUGACCUGGAGGGCUUCGACGGCGAGGCGUCCAGCACCUCCAUGAUAUCUGGGGCCAGCAGUCCCUACCAGCCCACCACGGAGCCCGUCAGCCAGCGCCGUGGUCUGGGCGGUCUCCGUUGCGACCUGGACUACCUGCGGGGCACCUUUGGCAAGAUCAAGCUGGCCGAGGUGGUUUUGGCACUGAUUGCCUUCAUCUGCAUAGAGACCAUCAUGGAAUGCUCCCCUUGCGAAGGCCUUUAUUUCUUUGAGUUUGUGAGCUGCAGUGCAUUGGUGGUGACUGGAGUUCUGUUGCUUAUGUUCAGUCUAAAUCUGCACACAAGAAUACCACAGAUCAACUGGAAUCUUACUGAUCUGGUCAACACUGGACUCAGCACUUUCUUCUUUUUCAUUGCCUCUGUAGUACUUGCUGCUUUAAACCAUAAAACUGGAGCAGAAAUUGCUGCUGUGAUCUUUGGUUUCUUGGCAAUGGCAAUGUAUGCUGUGAACACGUAUUUAGCUGUUAAAAAAUGGCGCAUGAGCAGCAGGCAGCAGAGCAGUCGGCAGAGCAGCGACUACAUCCGAGCUCGGACGGAGUCCAGAGAGGUGGAUCAUCGCCCCGAGAUCCAGCGGCUCGACGCGUGACAGCCGCCUCCAGAUGGGACUGCCUGGAGCUGCUCAGCUCGCCAGUGGAACAAAGGGGUUUGGGGCUUUGGGCUUUAUUUAAAGAAAAGGAAGAUCAGAUGGUGGUAAACAAUGCCCAGCCCUGCUUCUGUGCAGAGAUGCACUGAGUCAGAAGCUGUUCUCAUGCCGUUGGUCAACUGAAAGCAGAAUGCCUUUAAGAUGUUCACAUAUACAUACAUGUAUAUUAUAUAGCUUAUAUAAUAUAUAUAAUGUAUAUAUGGUUUGGAGACUUGGUUUGGAUUAACUGCACGGUACUUUCCUUCCCUCUCCCAAGUGCAAGCUCUUAAUACACCUGUUCUGCCAUACAACGUGUUCAGAAGCGUGUUCUGCCACUGAUUCUUCAUCUGUCAUAAACACUAAGACCAGCACUACAUUGGUUGGUUAAUCUAGGAGAGAGAUCCACCAAAACCCAAUUCCAUACAGGUGAAAAGGAAGUGAGGUGCAAAUAGCAAUAACCUUAGCCAUAUCUUGUGUCCAACAAGCUCUGUAUCUGUCCUCGUGCAGUGCAACUCAGUCCUCACCUGCAAGAUCUCCUGCAGUUUCACUGUUGGUGCACUUCCAGAGUUGAAUGGACAAACGAUUUCCCAGUCUUUGGUGGAUGUGGAGCAGAGGUAGUUCCCCUGUGGGUUGCUGUGAAAUUGCUGUAUUCAGUUCAUGAAUGAGCAUGGCCAGGCUGGAACUGAAAGGUCACCAAAUGCAUCCUGUGUGAGUUUGUGAUCAUCUGCUAAUGUUGGGGUACCUUUUAUUUCUCGUUCUGAAAUGGGAAAAGAAAUACAUUUGGGAGGCAGGGAGGGGAAAAGGGGCUUGAGGGACAGAGUAGGGAAAGAAGGGAUUAUCAUCCAGUGGACUUGCAUUCCAGUCGUGACUUUUUUUCUUCUUUCUUUCCCUUCCCUUUUAAAGGUCCAGCCUUUCGGAGGAGCCUAGGGGUAAGCAGGAACUAGCAAAGCAAAAUGAUGGUGGGCUUAGAGACUGUUUCUAGAGUUGCAGUGCUCUAUUCACGGAAGAGAAGUAUUUUCCUUUUUGGAAAGUUGGUUGUUUUUUCUGCAGUUAGAACUGUUGACAGUAGGUAAAACUGAUCUUUAUUAUGGACACAUAUUUCUUAAUUGGAUGUUUCUUAUUCCCCCCCUACUAUUUUAGCUAACUGCAGUUUUCUCCUUUUAAUUCCACUGAAGGGAAUAAUAUUUUCCUUACUUCUGCAGCAAGCAGAUGAUACCAUAAUGUAGUUAAGCAGAUGAUAUCUUAAGAUACCCACUGAUGAUUUUAUUUUUUGGGUUGGUUUCUAUGUAUGGGAUCCAUCCUUCGGCUUGCGCCUUACAUGAAGAAUGUGUCUGGGAGCAGAUCUCUAGAGCUGAAUUCUUACCUGGUGUCAGCUGAUGAAGUCUUUGCAGCUAGGAGAGCUAUGCCAUGAAUGCCUGCGUUUAUCUCACCUUUGGCUGCGUUGUCUUGGCUCUUGGGUGGAUGAAAGCAGUUAACCUUGCAGACAGGUUCUACCAAACAAAAGAUCAGUAGAGGUGCCUGGGGUAGUGACGGGUGUGAACCUACUGCUGCAACACUGGAAUCGAGCACCAGAAAAAAAAACAGUGACAAAAGUGAUGUCUCCUCGUUUUCAAUUAACUGCUGUCUGCAGUGCAUUCCAUCCUAGUGGCUAAGAUUGAAAGUCAGAGAGCUCUUAAUGAGGUUAAAGAACACUAGCGUUUUCUUAAUGAAGAAUGGUUUACCAGUUGCUGUAGUAGCAUUUUAUUGUGCUUCACUGAAAGUUGACAGCAAAGGGAGCAGCUGCUUCAGAAAGGUCGAACCAGUUAAGCUGGAGCUCCGGUGCUGGCUUUAGAACAGGCACAUCUGCCUGAGGUGGUGUUUCAGCUGGUUUGCUGUGCAGUGCAGGGGAAGCAGACCACAGUUGUGUGCCCAGUGCAGUAUGAAAGAAAGUACAGCAAUUGUUACAGCCCUGCUGCUGCUUUGUACCCUGCCUGCUCUUGGCAUAGUGUGGGGAGAGUUUGUAGAUACUGUCAGUUAUUUGGAGAAGCUUUUUAUUGUGUACUGGCAUUAAAGCUGAUUCUAUAGAGAUUGCUUUAAAAACCACCCAAACAUGUUCAUAGAUUAACAGAAUGGGUUAGGUUAGAAGGCACCUUCAAGCUCAUCCAGUUCCACCCCCCUGCCAUGGGCAGGGACACCUCCCACUAGUCCAGGUUGCUCAAGGCCUCAUCCAACCUGGCCUUGAGCACCUCCAGGAAGGAAGCAUCCACAACCUCCCUGGGCAGCCUGUGCCAGAAAUACAACAAAACCAAACUACAACCCAAACCAAAUGAACCACCAACAAAAAAAACUAAACCACCAUACCAGACAAACUCAAACAGGUUCCCCAGCUCCUCUGCAGAAUACUGUCCUCCAGAAGAGCCAUGAUUUCAGAGUGGAAGCCUUACCAGAAAUCAAGACACAGAAAUUAGGUAGUGCAUGGAGAAGGCUUCUUGUUGGGAGUGUGUCCUGUUUGCUGGCUCAUGGCAAGGACUGGGGUGGUCUGCCAUUAUUGACACCAUGGCUUGAGCUGAGCACAGCUUUCAGGGAGGAAUUCCGAAAGAGUUUAAAAACAAAAAACUACAGACUUUGUGAACCAGAAAAAUGUGCAUUUAUAAUUUCCUUCUUUUGGGGACCAAAGAGAAUUUUAGUUUUGUACAGUCUGUGCUUUCUAAAAAUUUAAAUGAAGCAUUUAUAACUCUACAGGAAUGUAAUCUACUUUUUGAAUGAUAUAGAAGGGAAUUCAAGGAGCUGUUAGACAGCUGCAUUUAAACCAUGAACAUCAUCAGGUACCUGCAUGGUUACAUUGAUUGUUUCAUGCCCCCUCCAGCUGAAUGUACCUGGUGUAUUGAGGAGCUGAGGAUAUUUGAAGACACUUACCCAAACUGCAGUCAUCCUAAAAAAGCUAGAGAGAAAGAAAAUAGGCUAGAAAGUUCAUUUGUUCUUUAAAACUUGCUUAAGGAAGCCAGAUGAAAUUGCUUCUCCCAGCCAGUUAGUUUCAGUUGUAACUGCUGAGCAAAUAGGGGUCAUUUCUUUCCCCGAAGAGUAGUGUUCAUCUUCAUAAAGGGACUCAAACCCCAUUGUAGAUACAGCUAAAGUUAGCCUAGACAUUUGAGCCUUGUAGGAGUGGGAUGCUUGAGUCUGUGAUGUUUCUGCUUAGCCUCUUGCAUCAGACCAAGUCUGCAGGCCUCCUGGUGUUUCUGCAUGUAGGAAGGAAGGUAAUUUUUGCAGCCUAUGUACAGUCAUCAGAAGAUGAAUGAAAGCCUGAGGUAUGAGUGGAGCAGAGGAGCACUGCUGUCUGCUGUUGUAAGAAGCUAGGUUUUCAGCCUUAGUCUACCACAUGCUGCUGCAGUGGUCCUAAGAUUGUGACUAAACUCAUUUUGACAGUUUCAUCCCUUGUAAAGUUGCUUCCUCCUUGCUCUGACCUUGUUCCUGUAGUAAAUUCACACCUUAUCUAUCUGAUGUUUUAGUGUUUAAGUUUUUUUGGGCCCUCUUCACUGAUCUGUGUAAUGGAUGCUUCAACAGAAGAGAAGAAUGCUGUGCCUGAUGUCCUCUUGCUUAAGUGUGGUACCUCUCCCUUUUCUGACAGCUUGUGAUGCUUGGGCUGGGUGUGUUGGGGGAAGUCUGUCUCUUUCCCCUAGUGCUCUGGAAGGUAGCUUGUAUGCUGCAUGCGUUUGUGAGAGCCUUCUGCUGGGAGCCAUGUGCUUAGAGGUCGAGAGAACUGGACACUCAUCUAUCUCUGCCUCUGAGAGCCAACCUUUACAAAGAUGGGAAGCCUGUGUUUCAGUCUGCAUUCCUCAUAGGCUUUGUAGCAUCAGCAUGCCUUGGAAACAGCUUCUCCUAUGGGAGUUUAAAUGCAGUCAGUAAAGUGGAGGUGCUUCUUCACGGGCUUGUCACAGGAGUCUCACUCUGCAUCUCCUCGAAGGAGCUGUGGUUUUGGCUGUACUUCAUUGGCUCUAGAAAGAAGAGCCCCACUGAAAUGAAUAAAGCUGUCAUGUAGCAUUUCUGACAGCUGGGCUCUCAGUUCUUGUUUGGAGGGCCACCAAAGCUCAGAAAGACUCUGCAGGUAGAGAUGGUGUGUGUCUGAAUGUCCAUAGCAACAGACGAGUGUCAGGAGUAAGGCGAAAUAGGUAGAGAACCCAGCAGUGUUGGGACAAACUCUGUGGGCAUUCUGCCAGAGUCCUCUCUUUGUUUCAACAGAGGGAGUUAGUUACCAGUUUCUCCAGACAGUCAGGAGGACUCUGAAUGUCACUCCCGGGCUUUUCCUAGCAUGUUACUGUCUCUGUCAGCCACUUGGCCACCUGGUUAGCUCAGUGUCAGAGUGAUGCUCUCCAACCUGAAAGGGUUCCUUUUGUUCUAUUCUUCUUUUUACAUUGUCUUAUUUUAAAAUGUCUCUAACCAUUUGUGUCGUAAAAAUCAUCUUAAAGAAGAAGUUCUGCUUACACUGUGAUUUCUGGUAGCCUUUAAUUUAGAGUCUACAGCACAAUCUUAAUUUUUCUUUUGGGAUGUGCAGCUUUCAAGUGUUCUUAGAUAUGCCUAGAAAUGAAAGUUGUCUGUUUAUCAGGAGAAUGUGAUUAGGUGAAGUUACCUCUCCAGGCUCCCAGUGCCCCUCUCUGAGGUGUGCUGGCUGAAUUAGUGAAAUUGCCUUCUUUAAUCUCUGCGGGUUAAGAAAUAUUUUUACUAGCUAGCCACAGCUAUUCCUGUUUUAAAUGGUGCUUGGCAAAGAGAAGGUAUUUAAUUGUAUAUGCAAUAUACAGAAUGACCUUGAUUGACAUAUUUAUAACUUAGAGCUUUUUGUUUGUUUGUUUACUACAAAGCUUUUCUCUGUCGGCUUCCCCCGGGGAGGUUUGGAGACGCCAGUGAGCAUUGAGGAGAGGAUGAAGGAACUCUCUUGAUGAAUUUAGAGCGAGGACAGAGGAGUGUUUCCAAAAGCAAUAGCCAGACUGUAUGACUGGGUAGCUGGGCUUUCUCUUCUUUGUGGGUUGGGGCUGGUCCCUACAGCUGUUUUACUAACAUCUGUGUGUGAGCGACAGAACAAAGUCUGACCACCUGCCUCUGCUGGCCAGCACAGACUGUUGAUGAGAGAGUGGGAAAGGGCAGGGGAUUGUCUUUGCUUUGGACAAAGGUCUCGCUAGGCACAUGGAAUUAAAACCUUCAUGUGUGCAGAAGAAAAGACCCUCUCUUAACUAGGCUGAUGUAUAACCCUUGGCUACCUUUAAGCCCCAAAGCAGUCUUACCUUAAUGUUUUUAGUGAUGUUAGUUUUCUCCUGAUGUCUGCAGCAGGUUCAAGUGGUUCUGGCCAGCACCCUCCUCUUACAACAGUUGCUACCUUCAUUUUUCUACUGUUUAUACUUUAAUUGUGAAUGUUUACUGGUUUCUACUCUUUGGCUAUUGUGGAGGGAGAGCAUAUCCUAGCACUACAACUCAUCCAGCUUUAACUCAAAUGUCACAGUUCUGGAGUGAGAAAAGAUUUUGAUUUAUAUAUUGUGGCAAAUUUAUUGCGUUUUAAAAGGAUUUCUGUGCUUCUAAAACACAUUAAUGGUAUAAUAGAACAAAUCACUUAAUUGAUCAUUUAUCUCUUGCCUAGACUUUUCUCCUGUGUUAGUGUCAUUUGGAAACUAUUUGUAUAUGUUGAAGUUUGUAAGGGUUCAGGAACCCCCAAUAAAAUAGUAAAGUAUGUAUUUAUUUCUCACAGAGCUCAAGUUUGAUUUGCAAGUUGACACUUUGUAUGUCUUCUUUCUUCCACAGAAUUGUAAACAAGUGCUGAAAAACUGCUUCACCUAGGGUGCCUUCCAUGUGUGAGAUCAACACUUGUCACUCACAAAAGCAGAAGUGUAAAUGUGUUCAACCAGGAAACACUAUUUUUGUAACGUGUGUCACUAAAGCAGCUCUGGUGUCACUGUGCUUGUGUCUCCACUGGUCCCAGUUGUGUGGGUACUGCACUCAUCCCCCUUCCCUUUGUGCACUAAAUAGUGACGUCUCAUCUCCUGACAAAUCAAAGGAUUCUGUCGUUUGUGCUCUGCCUUCAGCUGCUGCCUGAGAGAUGGAGAUGAAGCUGGUGGAAGUUGGGAGGUGUUCCAGAUUUCUGUCCUUGUGGCCAGAGAUGCUCAGUGUAGGAAAUGUCUAUCCUCGGUGCUGUUGCUGGGUCCUCUGUUAAAACACAGCAGGCCUAAGGUAAACAUUUUGAUACUAGCUCAUAAUUUGUGACUUAGGGUGUCUGAGAAGGUCUGAAAGACUUUAUCCUUCAGGGAUGUAGGUCCUACAGCAGCAGAUUUGUAACUGCCAAGGCUCAGGGGUACCAGAGAGAAUUCCGUCCCGGGCUGAGCAGAGGCAGUGCAGUUUUCACAGGUCUGCUGUGAACUGCCCUUGGUGUUUGGCUUUUGAAGUAAGAGAAAUGGUGGUGUUUUGCCAAGGGGAGGUUUACAAGCAUACCCUGAACGCAGAGCCUGGCUGUUGGCCUUCCUCAGGCAAAUUUCUGACUGCAGAUCAGGUGCCCUCUUCCCACCAAAUCCUGCUCAGGAGUAUCUCACCUUAGCAAAUGUUCACGGUGCAGCCUGGAAACGCUGUGAUGUGACUCCGGGAAGUUAGGCUGCAUCCAGGGCCAGCUGAUGGAGUAGGUGAUGUCUGUAGCAGCACCUGCCAGCUGUGAUCACUGUCUGCUCAGCAUCCACAGCUCCAGCUUCUGUCUUCCAGCUCUGUGGGUGACAGUUGUGCUGUUCAUGUUAACCGAUUCCAAAGGCACAGCAGCUCUACAGCAGCGUGGAACCCCCAACUUGUUCUUACACCACAAAUGAUUUGUCAGUCUGUUGUGUGCCUCUCUUCUCUUAGUGUUCACGCCAAACAAAACCCACAAGCUGAGGAAUUGUCUUGCAGUGGAGACAGCAGCCUUGGUUUUGAAAUCCAUCCUGUUGUAGCAUAAUUUCAGUGGUGUAUUUAUCAGUUUUCAACCUCGUUUUGCUUUUCCAGUCUCUUGUAUAUGGGCACAAUGCCUUUUGUAAAUCGUUUUUUUUUUCUAAUUUAGCUGUCUUUCUAUUUUGUUUUCUUUCUGAGAUCUGAAGAUUUGAGCUGUCUGGGUUUUCAUGGUACUCUUCUGAUCAUGUCUUCAUAGUGGUAAAAGUCUGUAUUUUUGUAUGUAGGGAAAUGGUAGUUUUCUAACACUUAUCUCAAUCAAUAUGAUAUGGAAUCAUUUGUGAAGGACUUCCUGUUUAAUAAAUGGACAUGAAAAUACUGAAA